UACUUGGACGGCUUUCCGAACCAACAUUUCCAAGAGGUUGGUGUCUCGCACCUGGUACUUGGGCCUUUUCCCCAUGGCUUGGUCCCGUGUCCAGUGCCCCCCCCCCAACUCCCCGGGAAGCCAAGGAUGUGCCAGACGCCCUCCCCGGGGGGCUGCCCUGUCCUUGGGGACGCGGCGAUCCUGGCGGGCAGACGGUGCCCUGGGAGGCGGCCCGUGCCCGUGCCUGCUUCCUGCCCCGUAGCGGGGCGGCCCAGCAGGUCCUGUCGCUCUUCCAGACGGUGCACGACGGGCGGCAGUUCCUGAAGUACAUCGACCCCAAGCUGGGCGUCCCCCUGCCCGAGCGCGACUAUGGCGGCAACUGCCUUGUCUACGACCCCGACAACGCCACGGACCCCUUCCACAACGUCUGGGACAAACUGGACGGAUUCGUGCCGGCUCAUUUUCUCGGCUGGUACUUAAAGACUCUGAUGAUCCGUGACUGGUGGAUGUGCAUGAUCGUCAGCGUGAUGUUCGAGUUCCUCGAGUACAGCCUGGAGCACCAGCUGCCCAACUUCAGCGAGUGCUGGUGGGACCAUUGGAUCAUGGACGUGCUUCUGUGCAACGGGCUGGGCAUCUACUGCGGCAUGAAGACGCUGGGCUGGCUGUCCCUGAAGACGUACAAGUGGCAGGGCCUGUGGAACAUCCCCACCUACAAGGGCAAGAUGAAGAGGAUCGCCUUCCAGUUCACACCGUACAGCUGGGUGCGCUUCGAGUGGAAGCCGGCCUCCAGCCUGCGCCGGUGGCUGGGCGUCUGCGGCAUCAUCCUGGUGUUCCUCCUGGCGGAGCUCAACACCUUCUACCUGAAGUUCGUGCUGUGGAUGCCCCCCGAGCACUACCUGGUCCUCCUGCGCCUCGUCUUCUUUGUGAACGUGGGGGGCGUGGCCAUGCGGGAGAUCUAUGACUUCAUGGAUGACCCGAAAUUCCACAAGAAGUUCGGCCAGCAGGCGUGGCUGGUGGCGGCCAUCACGGCCACGGAGUUCCUGAUCGUGGUGAAGUACGACCCGUACACGCUGACCCUGUCGCUGCCCUUCUACGUGGCGCAGUGCUGGAUCCUGGGCACCGUGCUGGUGCUCACCUGGACCGUCUGGCGCUUCUUCCUCCGGGACAUCACCCUCCGCUACAAGGAGAUCCGGCGGCAGAAGCAGGAGAACCGGAGCGAGGCGGGCCACGUGGCUGGAGGCAGCAGCAGCAGCGAAGGCCUCCCUCCGGCGCGGGAGGAGCUGGACAGAGACGGGGACCUGUGAGCAGCCGCCCGCCCCCCCCACACUGGGCGUGGGGUGCCCCCGGGAUCCCCGGGGGGGACUAGACGCCUCCAUAUCCCAGCCUGAGUCCGGGGGAAGGAGGAGGCUCCCCGCGGCCUGCACAGCCUGGCCCUGCCUACAGGAGCUGUGCCCGACGGGUCCCUCCUGACGGGCGCCGGCCGAGCCAGCCCCGGAGCCCACCCCAGAGGAGGGCGAGGCCCCGACUCAGGGGCUCGAACCCAAGGCCCGCUUCUCCGUUGCAGCCUGAACCCCGGGCAAUCAGCGUCCGUUUGCCCAAGCUGGGCCCAAAUAAAGAAAUGAAGGAAA